GCUUUCCUAGAGCUUGUGUCGGUUCGUGCAACAGGCCUCGCUCACUGUCUUUGUUGCGCCGCCAGCCUCCGAUGCACGUGCACCCUGCUGCCUCCUUGGCCUAACCCUGUGUCCCAUAUCAAAUUAUCACUAGCAAGCCUACUGGGCGAGUGUGGCCUGAACUUCCUGAAGGGAGCCCGCGAGUCAGGCCACGAAAAAGUUGAAGAGAGAAAUCCACGACCCGACCUCGUCCCUCAACCCAUCAUGUCGCGUGUAGGAAUCAAGGCCCUCGAGAUCCACAUCCCCAACCAGUGUGUCACGCAAGCUGACCUCGAGAAGCACGAUGGUAUCCCAGCCGGCAAGUACACCAUCGGCCUCGGGCAGACGCAGAUGGGCUUCUGCGACGACAGGGAAGACAUCUACAGCAUGUGUCUGACAGCCCUGUCAAAGUUGCUCAAGAACUACAAGAUUGACACCAAAAACAUCGGCAGGCUCGAGGUCGGCACAGAGACCCUCCUGGACAAGUCCAAGUCUGUCAAGUCCGUCUUGAUGCAGCUCAUGGGCGACAACCACGACAUCGAGGGCGUCGACACUGUCAACGCGUGCUACGGCGGCACAAGUGCGCUCUUCAAUGCUGUCAACUGGGUGUCCUCGGAGGAGUGGGAUGGACGGGACGCCAUCGUGGUCUGUGGUGAUAUUGCCCUCUACGCUAAAGGUGGAGCCCGCCCGACAGGAGGUGCAGGGUCUGUGGCCAUGCUCAUUGGACGCGAUGCUCCAAUUGUCAUCGACAGCAAAAUGCGUGCCACUUUCAUGGACCACGUAUACGACUUUUACAAGCCGGACUUCACAGUGGAAUAUCCAGUUGUCUUUGGACAGUACUCUGUCGGUUGCUACACUAAUGCCUCAGAUGAGUGCUACAACUUGUACCAGAAGAAGUUUGCACAGAAGCAUGGUGUGCAGGAUGCAGACAAACUUGGUGUUGACCAUUUUGAUUAUCUGAUUGCACAUUCUCCUACAGCCAAAACUGUGCAAAAGGCUUAUGCUCGUAUGCUCUACAACGAUUACUUGCAAGCCCCGUCCAACCCAGCAUUUGAGUCUGUUGGCGAUGCCUACACCCUUGCAAAGGUUUCACACGAGCAAUCCCUCAGCGACAAGCAGCUCGAGAAGACUUUUGUCGCGCUUUCAAAAGAGCGUUACGCUCAGCGUGUCGCACCAUCGAUUCAGGCAUCCACGAACAUCGGCAACAUGUACACCGCCUCACUCUACGGCGGUCUAAUUUCGCUCUUGACAAACGUGUCAUCUGCUGAUUUGCAGGGUAAGCGUAUCGGAGCUUAUUCCUAUGGAUCAGGCCUGGCAUCAUCGCUUUUCUCUUUCGUUGUUCAAGGCGACGUAUCACAUAUCGCCGAAGUUUGCAACUUGUCUGAGAAGCUUUCCCAAAGGGCAAUCUUGAGCCCGGUCGAGUACGAGGCAUGCAUCGCAUUGCGUGAGAAGGCACACUGCAACAAAAGUUUCGAGCCACAAGGAAGCAUUGACAGGCUAGCACCAGCGACUUACUAUCUGGUCAAGGUCGAUGAGCACUAUCGGCGUGAAUACGCUAUCAAAGCAUAGAUGUUUGUAUUGCAUUCAUUUAGACGGUUGAGAUAGAAAUGUAUUAUUGGCCAAGCCAGAGUCCUUCACUUCAUCUAGAUUCGGCCAAAUGCAUUGCCGACUGGCACCACUCUUGCGCCAGGAGAGAGGAGCGCAGCUUGGACCUGCCUUUGCUGGCGUUCCGCUUCUCUCAAUUGACGGACAGCGAAACGUUCUUGCUCUCUCUCCAGACGUCGCACUUCAGGACCGGUAAGGACAACACUUGCGCCACGAAGCGCUCCAUUGUCAAAACCGUUGCUUGAAA